AUGGGGCAUGUGGUCUCUCGUCUCGUCCACAUCCUCGGCACCCUCAAGGAAAAGCGCCUCCUGCUACUCGGGCUGGACAAUGCGGGCAAAACUUCGCUCUUGUACAAUCUCCACCUGAACGAGGCCGUGGGCACCGUUCCUACCGUUGGGUUCAACAUGGAACAGGUCGAGUACAACAACAUGGUCAUGACCAUCUGGGACGUCGGUGGGCAAGCCAAGCUGCGGUCGCUUUGGCGGUACUACUUUGUCGACACCGACGCGCUGAUCUUCAUGGUGGACUCUUCCGACGAGAAUCGCAUCGAGGAGGCGAGGGACGAGAUGUUUCAUGUGCUUCGGGACCCCAACAUGGACGGCUGUCAGACCGUCCUUAUCAUGCUCAACAAGCAGGACGUCCCCGGUGCAGUCGGUCCCGGCAUCGUGAUCGACAGGAUGGGUCUCAACAGCGCGGGUGACAACCCGCUGAGAGAACGCAACUGGUACAUGCAGAGCUGCUGUGCCCUCACGGGCGAGGGGGUUUUCUAUGGGCUCGACUGGCUGUGCGAGGCGCUCAAGAAGAAGAACAGGAGGGGGGCGAGGAGGUAA